CAUCAUCUCCGUCUCUGGGAGUUCUCACCACGACGGCCUCUGGGAGUUCUCACCACGGCCAUAGCAUCAAUUCACUAUGUUCCCUUCCCUCCCCUCCUCUUCCCCGCUCUUCCCGCUAUGCCUUCUGUUCUUCUUCUUCUUCCUCCUCAACCACUCCCCUCCAGUCUCCGCCGACCCCCUCUACCAAAUCUGCGGCAAGACCGGCAACUACACCACCAACAGCACAUACGAUUCCAACCUCAACAUCCUCCUCACCUCCCUCGACUCCAACACUUCCCGCUCCGGUGGCUUCUCCAACUUCACCGUCGGCCAGACCCCCAACCAAAUCUACGGCCUCGCCCUCUGCCGCGGCGACACCAACGCCUCCACCUGCCGCUCCUGCCUCGACACCGCCAUCCAGGACGCCCCCAAUCUCUGCCCCUACGCCAAAAGCGCCAUCAUCUGGUACGACUACUGCCUCCUCCACUACUCCAAUGAGCGCUUCCUCUCGACCGUCGACAACUCGGACAAGGUCUACAUGUAUAACGUCAACAACAUAACCGACCCCAGCCAGUUCGACAACCUUGUCGGCGUGCUUAUGAACAAGAUAGUCGACCGGGCUGCCUCCAACUCGACCGAGAUGUUCGCGACCGGGGAGAUGAACUCCACCAACUCUCCUUUUCCGACAAUUUAUGGGCUGGCGCAGUGCACUCGGGACCUGUCGAGCAGCCUGUGCCAGCAGUGCCUCACCGGCAUGCUUGACCCGCUACCCUCCCUGUUUAAGGGGAAGCAGGGAGCGAGGGUGCUUGGAGGGAGCUGCAAUUAUAGGUACGAGAUAUACUCCUUCUAUGAAGGGAAACCGACGCUAAGGCUUCAGUCGUCGCUAGAGGCAGCACCGGCACCGGCUCCCCUAGCGCCUCCACUUAUUACUCCGCCCGGAACAGAAGAAAAGAAGACAAAUGUCACAGGUCUGGUCCUUGCGAUUGCUAUACCUCUAGUAGCUGCAAUCUUGCUGAUCUCCAUCAUUUGCAUUUGCUUCUGGAGGAGGAGGAAGCCAGUUGUAAGAUUGCCCUUGGAUGGGACUCGCGCAGAGGAGAUUGCAAGUGUUGAGUCCCUAUUACUUGAUAUAUCUACCCUACGAGUUGCGACAGCUAACUUCUCUGAAGAGAACAAACUGGGAGAAGGUGGCUUUGGUGCAGUUUACAAGGGACUGCUACCUGAUGGACGAGAAAUAGCAGUGAAGAGGUUAUCAACUAGUUCAUCACAAGGAUUUGGAGAGCUGAGAAAUGAGCUUGUUUUAGUUGCUAAGCUCCAGCAUAGGAAUCUUGUUAGGCUUCUGGGUGUUUGCAUGGAAGAACAAGAGAAGUUGCUCGUUUAUGAAUAUCUGCCAAACAGAAGCCUGGAUACCAUUCUCUUCGAUCCAAUACGGCGCGAACAACUAGACUGGGGGAAAAGGUACAAGAUCGUUGGUGGGAUUGCUCGAGGCCUACUAUACCUACAUGAAGAAUCUCAGUUAAAAAUUAUACAUCGGGAUUUAAAAGCCAGCAAUGUCUUGCUAGAUGCAGAAUUGAACCCAAAGAUUUCAGACUUUGGUUUGGCAAGGCUUUUUGGUGGAGACCAAACUCAGGGCACCACGAGCCGAGUUGUUGGAACAUUUGGAUACAUGGCACCAGAGUAUGCCAUGCGUGGGCACUAUUCUAUCAAGUCAGACGUAUACAGUUUUGGUGUUCUCGUUUUAGAGAUCGUGUCUGGGAGAAAGAACAGUGGCUACUCUGACUCUGAAUCUGCUCAAGACCUCCUGAGCUAUAUCUGGGAGCGGUGGACGGAAGGAACAAUUUUGGAGAUAUUGGAUCCAUCUUUAGGCAACCAUUGCCCAAGAAGUGAAGUGUUAAGAUGCAUUCACAUUGGAUUAUUAUGUGUCCAGGAAAAUCCAUCUGAUAGACCCAACAUGUCACAAGUUGUUGUGAUGCUUAGCAGUGACUCUGUGUCUCUCCAAGCUCCUUCCAGACCGGCAUUUUGCAUUGGAAAGAGCAGCAUGGAAUCAGAUGUUUAUUCAAAUGAAUUCAAUUUGUCUAGAGGUGCAAAUGACCGAUCUUCGACCAAGUCAGUACCAAUGUCACCAAACGACGUGUCGAUUACAGAACUUGAACCAAGAUAGUUGAAAGAAGAUAAGAAGAGUAAGGUUGAUGAAUAUCUUGAAUAACUAGUCCUUCAAAAAACCUGUAGACUUUAUAUCAUGGAUGUAACACCUGUAUUUUUGCUUAGACCCUCAGAAAUACCGGAAAACCGGUGCAUAUGCCUCAUGUCUGCCCAUUUUUAUGAGGAAAACUAUUGCUGCUUUAUUGCUUUCACUAUGUUUACUUACCAAAGGACUAUUGUCCGAUCAUCGUUCCAGCAAUCCAGGGCCUCGGAAUGAGUGGAUUGGGGCAGACCCUAA